UCUGUCUUAUUCCUUCUGUCUUUCUUCCCCCUGCAGCGAUGGAUUGCGUGCCUUGGCUGAGCUGCGCAGCUGCUGCAGAGAUCUCACGGCGGCGCAGAUGAAAGUAUCGGUCUGGGCUUUGUCGCAGCACCAGAGCUCGCUCCUUCGGCCCGUCUCGUGAUCAUCAUCACAUCACUCGCCAAAUAACGCCGUGCCGUGUGCAGACACCUACGACAACCAACAUUCGAGUGGAUAAUAAGAGAAAAGCCGAUAGGUCGAUAAAUAGCCUAACUAUGGCGGCUAUAACCUCGUUAUAACCGUAAACAUCGACUGACGGUAGGGACUAUUGCCUCGAUAACCUCACCGCGCAACAGAAGAGGAGGAAAGCCUCACUUGUUCAGGAACAUCACUUGUGCAGGUCGGGUCGAAGAUAGGCUGCUCGCUGGCCCAAAGAGACAUGAGACAACUGCAGGAGGCAGGUAACUAGGCAACAAUAGAAACACUGCACGCGCCACGGCGGGAUAACAUGGGGUACAAGUACCCCGGGGCAGCGAUGGACCGCGUCAGCUUGCUGUGGCGUCUACGUCGUCGGGCCCGUCGCGGGGCGCUGUGUAUGGGCCUCUUCUGCAUCUCCAUGGCAAUGCUCUAUGCCCUCUGCGCCGAGAACAGCGUACCCGUCACCGAUGCUAUCUUUGGGGUGCGGGCACGGACCCGCGCCCAGCCCCGGGCACACUCCAUCAUCAAGGUGCUGAGAGGUGGGGCCAAGCCCAUGUACCUCGACCCCCAGAAGCUCCCCGGCAUCAUCCCUGGCAACGCCCACCGUCCAAUCCCAGUCCUCUCCUCCCCAAACCACACGCAGGAAGUCACAGCUAAGGAGACACACUCCAAACACCCUAAGAGAGAGCGAGAGUCAUCGGGAUUCUUCGCCUGGCUCUUGCCGCGCCCCUUCAGGCGGGCCAUGGAGACCCUGUUUGGGGGCCGUCGUCGGGGGGAGCUUAGUGGAACAGUCGGGGACGCAGAAUUUUUUGGUCCUCACAGAGCUCUGGGGGAGGUCUGGGACGACGAGAUGUCCAGUAACAUGCUGGGGAAGAGGCUGAGGAAAGUGGUGCAGAACUAUCAGGCGAUGAAUAAGUAUGGUGUGGAGUUCUCUGGUCCUGGGGGUGUGGCCACUCGUCCUAAGGUGAGCGGCUCAGAGUUGCUGUGCCAGCUGAAGUACAAGGUAGAAGUUGCGACCCUGACCCCUGACCUCGAGCCCUUCUCCUCUCUGCCCUGGGCGUACCAGCUGCCCCUACAACCCAUAACCUCUGACCUUGGACCCUACAAGAGCUGUGCAGUGGUAUCGUCGGCUGGGUCACUACGCUACUCUGGACUGGGCAAGGAGAUUGACUCCCAUGAUGCAGUGCUGCGGUUCAACGCAGCGCCCACCGUGGGGUACGAGAAAGACGUCGGCUCCAAGACCACCAUCCGCCUCCUUAACUCCCAGGUGAUGGCAUCAGACGACCACCGCUUCCUGUCCAGCUCUCUGUACAGCACAGGUGUUCUGGUGGCCUGGGACCCUUCCCCCUUUUCUGCUGACCUCAGCCAGUGGUACAACAAGACUGACUACCCCAUCUUCACCCAGUACCAGCGGUACAGGAGGCUCCACCCCCUCCAGCCCUUCUACAUCCUGCACCCCAGCUUUGAGUGGCAGCUCUGGCAGCGAAUCCAGGACAACAUGGCCGAGCCCAUCCAGAAGAACCCGCCCUCCUCUGGACUGCUGGGUACGGUUUUGAUGAUGUCCCUGUGUGAGGUAGUACACGUGUAUGAGUUCCUGCCAUCUCAGAGGAAGACGGAACUGUGUCACUACUACCAGCGCUUCUACGACGCAGCCUGCACUCUGGGGGCCUACCACCCCCUGCUCUACGAGAAGAACCUGGUCAAGAGGAUGAACCAGGGGCUCGACAGGGACAUCUACACCCACGGACGGGUCACCCUGCCUGGGUUCAGCACUCUCAACUGCACCCGGGGGGGCUGAAAGUGUACCAGCAAGCACUGACUGAGAUAAUAAGAGAGAUCAUAUUACAGUCAGAAACACACACGGGACCACACACAGGUGGUAAAUACAGAAAACACAAUCAUAUUCACAAGCACAGCAUGUAUAACAAUAUAACUGACUAUUUUGUCUGAAGGGAAUGCACAUGAUAAUCUCUAAAUCAUGGACUGAUGGACAUUGACAGACAUGUAUACAUGUUUGACACUGCCAUAACUAAAUGGAAUCUUGCAACUAAUGUAAAUACCCUUUACUCGCUCAAACACGCACAGGUGCACAGAAUUCCUUGUGAAAGCACAUACAAGAAGUCACACACAUACAUCAUACAAUGGACUGUCUGCAAAAAACCCACAAACUCACAGUUUUGGCGAUAUCCCUCUUUCCCUAUGUGUGUAUAUAAGCUAUAAGCAUAGUCAUUCCACUGUGAGGCGCUGUUGUCCUGUCUCUGUCUCUCAGGUUGUGACUGAGGGACAGAGAGAAGAGAGCAGCUCCUCUCUCAUUACUGAAGAUUGUCUCUACAUGCCUGCCAUCAGCUGCACUACACACCGAACCUGUACCCUAUGUGGACUAGUUGAAAAUGGACUUGAAGAGAAACUGAGAAGACUGCAUGAAGCUCUGAGAAGAAGAGUGGCAUCUCUUGGAUAUGCUAUAUAAUUGACCAUAGACCUGAUGGAGAUAAAUCCCUGAGGGAAAUGUGAAGACUAAUAGAAGGAAGCGACUGGAGUUCAUAGCAUGAUGCGUGACAACUAAGGGCGACCCAGAGAUUACCUCAUCAAGACAUGGACCAGAUACAUUGGGCCACAGAGGUCGUGCGGUCACACACACACACACACACACACACACACACACACACACACACACACACACACACACACACACACACACACACACAUACACAUACACACACAGAGAGAGAGACUAGCCAGACUAGCAGUCUUCUCACUUAUGAAUGAGCCAACCAUCCAGCCCACCAUGGACCAAUGAGAACUGAGAACAGUUGUUCUAGACUGGCUGAGGAUUUCGUGGGCAUCUAAUGCCCCUUUGUGGGUGAACAAAAUAACUGGAUUGUUGUAUUUCCUUCCAGGAAGAAAAAAUAGAAGUUUGUUAAAAGUAGAAGUUUGUUUUGGCAAAUAAAAAACCCUGGUCUGCAUCCAAAAUGGCAACCCUGAUCUAAUCAAAUGAAGAAAGGAUAUCUAGGCCUGUGCACUGAUUUACCUACUCUACGAGAACCAAAUAAUGCUUUAUUUGUCAUUUUUACUGAGAUGCAUAAUAACUUUAUACUUUACACCUACAAGGGGGCUUUAUAGAUUUAGAAUCAUUGAUGUCAUAAUAUUGAAAAAAUAAGUAGAAUGACAGUCAAACCCCUUGUUGUUGCACUUCUGUCCAUGUUUGCCAGCCUUUCUCCCCUACCCUGCCUGUUACGUGUCAAGUGUCAUAGCAUCUCAUCAUUCUGCACUCAUAAGCUAAUUCUAUACCAUCCUGCUCAGACAACCCCAGUCAACCUUCUACAGUGACAAUUAACCAUUAAUGUGACUCCUGUUCAUAGCAAACCACUGCUCACCUCAGUAACACUGCCCACACGUUAGCCGCCCCUACGUUACAAAACGCUUUUACCCAAUAUUGCACAAAAUGGUUGCUAACAUUGCCAAUAGGGUUGCUGAUACAUUUUUAACAGUAAGAAUGAUCCGAAUAAUGUAAUUGACUUUGAAUUUGUGUUCAGAUGAUCUGUUAAACCAACUGAAUGAAUGUGCUUCUGGAGUGUGCAUUGUAGCACUGCCUAUCCAUACAUCCACCAUUUCCCAACCAGCACAGAACAUUGUUGCCACAACAUUGGGAAAGUAAGGCUGUUUUUGUUAUUUUUAGACCAUGGCAAGGGGUGUUUUUAGAAUGUUUACAGGUGUUGUUUCAUGGUUUCUUUGGGACUUCUGUCACCCUGACAUCAAUCUGUACCACUGAACAAAAAUAUUAAUGCAACAUGUAAAGUGUUGGUCCCAUGAUUCAUGAUCUGAAAUAAAAGAUCCCAGAAAUUUUCCAUAUGCACCAAAAAAAAUGUUUUGGGCCACAAAUUAGUUUGCAUCCCUGUUAGUGAGCAUUUCUCCUUUGCCAAGAUAAUCCAUCCACCUCACAGGUGUGGCAUAUCAAGAAGCUGAUUAAACAUCAUAAUCAUUACACCGUUGCACCUUGUGCUGUGGACAAAAAGGGCCACUCUAAAAUCUGCAGUUUUGUCACACAACAAAAUGCCACAGAUGACUCAGGUUUUGAGGGAGAGUGUAAUUGACAUGAUGACUGCAGGAAUUACCACCAGAGCUGUUGCCAGAGAAUUUUAUGUUAAUUUCUCUACCAUAAGCCGCCUCCAUUGCAGUUUUAGAGAAUUUGGCAAUACGUCCAACUGGCCUCACAGCCGCAGACCACGUGUGUGGCGCCAUGUGGGCGUGUGGAUUGCUUAUAUCAAUGUUGUGAACAGAGUACCCCAUGGUGGUGAUGGGGUUAUGGUAUGGGCAAGCAUAAGCUACGAACAGCGAACACAAUUGCAUUUUGAUUGCACAGAAAUACUGUGACGUGAUCCUGAGGCCCACUGAUUUUAAAAACCUCUUAAGGAUCGUACCUUUUAAAAAAAAAUGUAUUUCACCUAAAAUGACGUACCCAAAUGUAACUGCCUGUAGCUCAGGACCUGAAGCAAGGGUAUGCAUUUUCUUGAUACUAUUUGAAAGGAAACCUUUUGAAGUUUGUGGAAAUGUGAAAUUAAUGUUGGAGAAUAUAACACAUUAGAUCUGGUAUAAGAUAAUGCAAAGAAAAAAACAUGCUUUUUACAUUAUUAAUUUUUUUCAAUCAUCUUUGAAAUGCAAGAGAAAGGCCAUUAUUACACUUAGGAGUCUAGGCGCAAUUUAGACUUUGGACACUAGAUGGCAGCAGUGUAUGUGCACAGUUUUAGACUGAUCCAAAGAACUAUUGUAUUACUGUUCAAAAUGUUGUAUCAAGUCUGCCCAAAUGUGUCGAAUUGGUCAAAUGAUACGUUUUCAAGUACAUAACUAUAAAGAACAUACAAAAAUGAUAUAGUAAUACAAAAUGUAAGUUUACACACUCCCAGGAAUGUCAUAAGUGAUGGAGAAUUAGCUUCCCUAGGUAUAGACAUGUCUUAUAUGGGCAGAAAGCUUAAAUUCUUGUUAAUCAUUCAUUUCCAUAUGAACAAAGUUUUUACACAUUUUAAAUUGAUUGAACAAGUUUGUGGAUUAAGUACAUUCAGAGGUGAAUGUAUAAAACCAGUUGCCUUGAUAAAGGUUUUUUGAUGUUGUGCACGCUCCUUAAACAAUAGCAUGGUAUUUUUUCACUGUAAUAGCUACUGUAAAUUGGACAGUGGAGUUAGAUUAACAGGAAUGUAAGCUUUCUGCCCAUAUAAGACAUGUCUAUGUCCUGGGAAAUUGUCUUGUUACUUACAACGUCAUGCUAAUCACAUUAAUGCACCUUAGCUCAACCGUCCCGUGGGGGGGACACCGAUCCCGUAGAGGUUUUAAGGUAUCUGUGAACAACAGGUGAAUAUCUGUAUUCCCAGUCAUGUGAAAUCCAUAGAUUAGAGCCUAAUGUAUUUCUUUCAAUUGAAUGAUUUCAUCAUAUGAACUGUAACUCAGUAAAAUCUGUAAAAUUG